GGUAGGUAACUUUCAGAAAUUAAAAUUCACAGAGAAAUUGGGUGAAACAAGAGAGCAGAGAAAGAAAAUUGAAUGCAAACAUAUUUUUGGAAUUGAAGUUGGUGUAGUUAGUGAAAGCACAGUUGAUGCAGAAUUACAGAACCAACAGGAUUCAGGGUUCGCAUUAAAUUCAGUUUUUAGUACUCAGAGAGAUAGAGAGUGAAAAGAGGGAGAGAGAUAAAAGGUUAGUUGCAACUGUAUUUCACUGCUUAGUUGGUUUUACCUUGUUCAGAAUUAUAUACUACUACUAUAUCCAUCUUCUUCAUAAAGUUAUUGUUUCCCACUUCUUUCAACACUCUUCCAGAAAUCUUCCAUGGGGAUUUUGGAUCUGGGUUUUCUUAAUUUUUGAUUUCUGUUUCUGGGUUUCCUUUGUUUUUUGUUUUUCAAUUGGUGGGGUUAAACUUACACCUUUUCAACUGAAUUUAGGGUUUCAGUUGGUCAAAAUUGAGAUUUUUAUGGAUGGUUGUUGAAUUUUAGUUGCAGGUUUAGUGGGUUGUUGUUGCAAGGUAUCUAGAAUUCAAGGGUUUCUUUUUCUCUCUUUCUUCUGAUUAAAAAGUGUAAAGAGGAGAAGAAGAAUCUCUUGGUAGUUUAAUUGGUUUGAAUAUCUUUUUGUUGGUUUAAAGUAAAGUCUUCCUCUGAAUAUCUCAAGUUUUCCCACUCCAAAUUUUGAUUUUUGAUUAAAGCACAUUCCUUUUGCUUUGCAUUGUUUUGGGACCAUUGAGGGGUUUGAAUGAUUUUCAAACAAGUGAGUGGUUUUUCAUUUGCAUUUUCAUUAUUAUCUUUGAAGUUUUGAGGAGGAAGAAGAAGAUGCAUCCAUGCAUUUUUCAAUAUGGAAGAAAAUAUCUCACUGUGCUGCAAGAAUACUAGACAAGAAGCAGAAAACAAAGAAGAAUAAGAAAUCUCAAAUUAAUAGAGAUGGAGAGAACAAGCUUAGGGAAGCAUUGGAAGAAGCUUCAGAAGAUGGGUCUCUUGUUAAGUCAAAAGUCAUUGUGGAUCAAGAAUCAGCCUCUAACCAAGCUGGGAAUAACAACAUAGUAAGAUCAAGAUCAUUAGCUAGACUUGAAACUCAAAAUGAAUUUCUUAGAGCUACAUCUCUUGCGGCUGAACAAACAUUCGAGACCGGGGACUCAUUACCUAAUCUUCAUGAAUGUUUCUCAAAGUUUCUUACAAUGUACCCAAAGUUUCAAUCUUCUGAGAAAAUUGAUCAGUUGAGGUCUGAUGAGUAUGGGCAUCUUUCAGAAUCUGGUUAUAAGGUAUGUCUUGAUUACUGUGGAUUUGGGUUGUUUUCGUAUCUUCAAAGUCUUCAAUAUUGGGAUUCGAGUUCAUUUAGUCUAUCUGAGAUAACUGCAAAUUUGGGUAAUCAUGCUUUAUAUGGUGGUGCUGAAAGUGGCACUUGUGAGUAUGAUAUAAAAUCUAGGAUCAUGGAUUACUUGAACAUACCUGAAAGUGAAUAUGGCCUUGUUUUUACUGUUAGUAGAGGUUCUGCUUUUAAAUUGUUAGCCGAAUCAUAUCCAUUUCAAACGAACAAGAAACUGUUAACCAUGUUUGAUUAUGAGAGCCAGUCUGUCAAUUGGAUGGCUCAGAGUGCUAAAGAGAAGGGUGCAAAGGUUUACAGUGCUUGGUUUAAUUGGCCAAACAUGAAACCGUGUGCCCAAGAGCUACGGAAGCGAAUGUCCAACAAGAAGAGGAGGAAAAAGGAUUCCGCAACUGGUCUUUUUGUGUUCCCUGUUCAGUCCAGAGUUACCGGGGCUAAGUAUUCUUAUCAGUGGAUGGCAUUGGCACAGCAGAACAAUUGGCAUGUUUUACUGGAUGCCGGGUCUUUAGGUCCCAAGGAUAUGGACUCGCUUGGGUUGUCAUUGUUUCGGCCAGAUUUUAUCAUCACUUCAUUUUACCGAGUAUUUGGAUCUGAUCCAACUGGAUUUGGUUGUCUUCUUAUAAAGAAAUCUGUGAUGGCAAGUUUGCGGAACCAAAGUGGAAGUGCUGGUUCUGGAAUGGUAAGAAUUGUCCCAGUCUUCCCGCAGUAUUUGAGCGACUCCAUCGAUGGCUUGGAUGGUUUGAGAGGAAGGGAGGAUGAUGGAAUCACUGCUGAUGAAGAAAUGAUGCCAGAAACCCACAAAGGGUCGCAGUUGCCUGCUUUUUCUGGUGUGUUUACUUCUGGUCAGGUAAGUGAUGUCUUUGAAGCUGAGAUGGAACACGACGACAGUUCUGACAGAGAUGGGGCAAGCACAAUAUUUGAAGAAACUGAGAGUAUUUCAAUAGGUGAUAUGAUGAGGAGUCCAGCUUUCAGCGAAGAUGGGUCUUCAGACAACUCUUUGUGGAUUGAUUUGGGUCAUAGUCCUUUUGGAUCUGAUCAUUCUGAGACUUUGGGAAAAUCAAAACUGGAUUCUCCAUUACCUCCUCCAUGGUUUAGCAGCAGGAAACACCAUAACCGAAUCUCCCCCAAACCUAUCUAUGACGACAAGCGGCUAAACCUUGGAGCACAUGAAGACGGAGUCCUCUCUUUUGAUGCAGCUGUUUUAUCUGUCUCACAGGAACUGGACCAUCUCAAGGAAAUUCCUGAGGAGGAACAAUAUGCAGAAACAGAUUCAGUUUUUAAAAAGAGCAUAAAGGAUGCAAAUGAGCAUUUCAGUGAGAUUCAGGAAGAACCCACAAUCAGAGAGUCAACAUCUGGGUCUAAGUCCAAUACUGCUCUAAAUCAAUUAGCCAAUAAUGGAAAGGGGUCAAUCUCUGAGAUACGCCAAGAAAAAGAAAGUGCAAUAAAAAGAGAAACAGAAGGUGAAUUUAGGCUUUUGGGAAGGAGAGAUAACAAAUUUGCUGGUGGGGGUAGAUUUUUCGGCGUGGAGGAUAAUGAACGUGCUAUAAGCUUCGGCCAAAGGGUAUCUUUUAGAGUGGAUGAAAACCAGAAAGAACGUCUGAGCAAUACGUUGGAGUCAGGAGAAGUUUCUGGGAUCUUUGAUGAUGAUUCAGUAAUUGACGAAGAAGAAUAUGAGGAUGAGCAAGAGUGGGCUAGAAGAGAGCCUGAGAUAAUAUGUCGGCAUCUUGAUCAUGUUGAUAUGCUGGGCCUUAAUAAAACAUCUCUCAGAUUGCGUUAUUUGAUCAAUUGGCUUGUUACUUCGUUGCUGCAGUUGAGGUUUCCUGGUUCAGAUGAGAACUUGGGCACUCCUCUUGUCCAGAUAUAUGGCCCUAAGAUCAAAUACGAAAGGGGUGCAGCUGUAGCAUUCAAUGUGACAGAUGGUAGUGGUGCACUGGUUCACCCUGAAAGUGUUCAAAGACUGGGCGAGCAAAAUAACAUCUCUCUAGGUAUUGGUUUUCUUAGUCAUAUUCAGGUCGACGAUCCAAAACAACGUGCAAAUGGGGGACAUGGGAAGGAAAAGGCAUUUGCUCGGGUUGAAGUGGUGACAGCAUCUCUCAGCUUUCUCACAAAUUUUGAAGAUGUGUAUAAGAUGUGGGCUUUCAUUGCAAAGUUUCUUAAUCCAACUUUCAUUGAAUGUGAAGAACUAUCCAGUGUUCCAGAAGGUUCAGAAACAUAAUAUUUUUGAGGUCGGUAGUAUGUGCAUUUUGUUUCUACGGUUAGGAAGUUUGUUAUUAUUUUUCUUCUUGUGCAGUUUGUUCCAUUUCUGCUUACUCCACGAGAGAAUUAUAACGUCAGUUGACUAAUUUGUUCAUUUUUAUUUAAUUUUUUCCUCGUUCCUUUCAAAUGCAUUUUUCCUCAUUUCCUUCUAUUCUUUGUCCUGUUUGACUAGAAAAUUGCUUCCCCUCUGAUAUGUUCAAGUGACGUUACUGAUUUGUAUAUUUCAUGUGAUUGAGAAAUUUAGUUGCUGUGUCACCUGUGCAAUUUGUAGAACUUCUGUUUGAACUAUGAUUGGUCCUGCUGCAGCUGACCAGGUAUAUGCUCUGGCUAGUUAGCAAAAUUAUGACCAUUAUCUUAAUGUAUAUUCUGACCUUAGGAAUGUAUUAGUAUAAUGUGAUUGGUAACAGAAUGGAAUUCUUAUGAGAAAGGAAAUGAACUUUAUUACUUACAGAAAACAGAUUAUUCUUCUCAGCAAGAACUUCUGUUGCAAUGUUGUUGGGGAUAAGGGCUAUGGACCUAUGGUCCAUGGAUGUCAAUGAAAACUACCUGGGCAUUAAAAUUCUUCAACCAGCUCAUAUGUGCAGUACCUAUAUCGAGAAGAUGGAGACUAAACUAGCUGGGUGGAAGUGACAUUCUCUGUCUCGCGUGGGAAGAAUGCAGUUGAUAAGAUCGGUUCUUGCUCUCAUCCCUGUCUACUUCAUGGCAACAUCAAUGAUUCCUGUGCAGGUCGAGACUUGAUCAAACAAUCUGAAAUUUUUGGUGUUGGCACAACUCUUGGCAUCUUUACUGCAUAAAUUGGGAUUGGUUUCUAAAGAGCAAAGACAAGGGCGGAUUUGAUAUACAGUCACUAGAACAACUUAACAAGGAAGCUAAUGAGGCAGCUGCUUAAUCAAGCCUAUGGAAGGCCACACUGUCCGUUAGGAAUGAGUCAAGGGAAGGAUGUUUUUGGAAGACGGAAAAGAAGGUAACAUUUGGCAAGACCCGUGGAUACCUGCUAUCAGUUCCCGUAGGCCUGAAUCAGACAAUCUGCACCAAUCUCAAGUGUCAUCAGUUAACGAGCUAAUGGUCUGUAGUGGCAGUGGUGCUCUGAGUUGGAACUUAGCUCUCAAAACUCUAUUUUGAGUUGGCAGUAAUACUGCAGUUGAUGCUAUUCAGGCAGGGGGCGAGGGACAAACUAGUAUGGAAGUACACGCACACCUACUGGAGAAAUCAGCUCGGAAUCCUUUCAGAAAUAACUGGAGGAUGAUCGUGGUCAGUCUUCUUCUAGCUCCAGUAAUCCUUUCCUGUGGAAAAAGCUUUGGCAGGUUGAAAGCUAGCUGAGUUUGAAGAACAAGUACGGGACCUUUUGCUAUGGUGCAAACACUUUAUGGGGAAUCUGGAAAAGUAGAAACUUGAAUAUUUCGAGGAUAAAAAAUUAAAAAUCCAUUGGUGCAGGAAGUUAUUUGUGAGUCAAUCUCAUUGUUCAAGGAGUAGUUUAAACAUGAAGAAGGUGAGCAAGUUAUUCCUUCAACAACUACCGAACCCUCUGGAAGUUGACAUUGUAAAGAUAAAUUGAUGGAGUUCAGGAUUAUAAGGCCUCUGCUGCUGUGAUAGCCAAUUUUCAGGCUGCAACAUCCAGUCAAUCUGACCCACUUAUAGCUGAGACACAAGGUGUGAUCUUAGCGUUCAAGUUUACCCAGAGAAUGUAGCUCGACAAGAUCAUUAUUGAAGAUAACUGCCGUCAACUAGUUCUCUUUUGUUUUUCUGUUAGUUUGCUAAAUCUUGUAUUGCUUGGUAUCAUAAAAAGAAUUACAUGAGGAUUUAAUUGCAAAGCCGUCAAAUAUCUCUGGAAACAUUGUAAGAAGAGAUCUCACAACAGAAUUUGAUUAUUUAGAUUGUUA